AGCUCUCUUUGUCUCUUUGCUCCAGUUGCACAACAAGGUUACUCAACAGCACAGCACUGUACCUUCUCUCUUGCAUGGUUUACAUUCAAGGAGAACAUUGCUUUUGCACGUGUUACUCCUUUCCACUUUCAUCUCUCUUUCUCUGCUUUAAUGACCCGGAAUGGCAUCAUCUAGUCAUUCAAUAAAAGCUGAUUCUCUUCAUUGAUCUCAUCUUUUGUCCUUUCUUCAUUCUUUUCUUCAAUUUAAGCCGACCCGACCACUCUUUCCCGUACUUUCAUUAAACCAUAGGAUAAAGUAGAGUAAAAUAAAGCGAUGACACUCUCUCCCUCAAAGCUGACUUCUGUUGUUCUGGGGCCUACUGCACAGCACACUGCAACAGUCAUCUUUUUGCAUGGGUAUGGCGAUACAGGAGCUGGAUGGGCACCUUUUGGAGAGCAAUGGAGUAAACAACUACCUCACGUCAAGUUCAUCUUCCCUACUGCCCCUGCAAUCCCAAUUACGAUCCAAGGGGGAAAGUUAAUCCCUGCAUGGUUCGAUGUCAUUGUGGCUACUGCAAGUGGACGUAAGCAGGAUGAAGCAGGGCUUAUUCGGUCGCAACAAAGUUUAAUGCAACUCAUCCGUGAUGAGAUUGCACAGACCAAUAUCCCAGCCGACAGGAUCAUCGUUGGGGGCUUUUCUCAAGGAUGUGUCACUGCAGUUCUGGCCGCAUUGACGUUCGAGCACCGACUUGCUGGAAUAGUGGCCCUUAGCGGAUAUAUGCCUUUACAUGAAAAGGUCAUGACCAUGGUCAAGGACGCUAAUCGUAAUACGCCCAUCUUUUGGGGCCAUGGUGACUCUGACAAGACGGUGCAAUACGAUAUUGGUGAACAAUCUGUGGCUUUCCUUCAAAUGUACAACUACAAGGUCGAGUUUCACACGUAUGCUGGAAUGGGCCAUAGCGCAUGCACACAGGAGAUCUCGGACAUGGUCAAGUUCUUCCUAAAGAUAUUUGAAGAAGUGUCCCCUCUAAUGGCCAAGGCUUAAAAGUUUAAAAAAAAAUAAUAAUUAGUUAUGAAAUGUGUG